UGCCGAAGGCGGAGGAAGGGGGAGGCGACAACAGCGCGGUUAAUCGGCGCAGCGGCGAUGACGGCCCAGGGUCGUUGACCGACCCGGGGAGGUCAGAGGGAAGCAUGAUGGGGGAGGGUGCGUUCCGCCGCGCCGACACGAUCAGCAACAAGACGCGCCGUAGCCGCCCCGCUGCGUCUGCGCGAGGUCUGCAAGGCGCUGCUGACGCCGCCGCCGUACAGCACGCGUUGCGGCUACAGAUGAUGCUGCCACUGGCCUCGCCGCCUCAGCUACAGCCGGAGCACGCCGGAUCCGCCUCUGCCUCCGCCUCUGUUACAGUCGCUGCUGUCACCGCGCCUGGAGCGACCGCCGCCUCCGCAGCCGGAAGCGCCGCUUCCCUCGCUGCUGCUGCUGCCACUUCAGCAGCCGCGGCUGGGCGGACCUCGCCCGGUGCGCUGAUGCUCAUUCCGCGCGCGCCCGCGGGGCAUCUCACGCAGAGGGACCGCGUGCACAUGAGCUUUAACAGCGCUUCCCCGCACCACGCGGCUGCAGCGGCGACUGCAGCGGCGGCGGCCGGCGCGGUUGCUGGGACGGCGGGCUCUGCGGCGGGCGCGCCUUUCCUGGUUCCGGGAUCAGGAUGGACCGCGGCGGCUUCCGCCACUGCCCCGACCGCCGCAAGCGUCGCGCCGGCCGCCGUCGCCGCAACCGCGUCCUCUGCGGCGUACUCGGCUGCGCAAAGCCUUGCGCACGCGCUUGGCGCGGGCGCGGGCGCGAGCUGGAUGGGCCCGCGGAGGCUUCCUGCCGGGCGGAGCGAGGGGAUAGCGUUGGUGGCGGACAACGGGGGCGCGCACGCGGGCGCGGAGAAAGAUGCGGGUAACCGGGAAGCUCUGGCGGCUACUCUCGCUGCUGCUGCAGCGAUGGCGGCUGCCGCGAUGUGGGCGAGAGGCAGGGAGGAGUCGUCGCAUAACAGCAACACGGGACAGCAGCACCUGCAACAGCAACAGUACCUGCAGCAGCCGCAGCAGCCGCCGCAGCAGAGGCAACAGAAAGUGACUUUCCCUGGAGGCGGCGGGGGCGGGGAGCGGUGUUACCAGCGUGGUGGAACGACCACAUGGCUUCUCUCAUCGCCGCCUCUCAUGCUGCUGCCAUAGCUGCCGCCCCUCCUGCCAACGCCCCAGCUACUUUCCUCCCAUCUAUACAUUUCCCUGGCGCUCCAACCCCCCACUUC